AUGGAUCUGUGCAGACCUGCUGCCUGCUAUAGUGCUCAGUCGGCCAGUCCGCACGCAUGUAAUCUGUGGGUGACUGUGGGUGCUACCCACAUGACCCACGCGAUGCCACCUCUAGGAGCGGGACUUGAGCGAGACGCAGAUCUAAGUGGUUCUCUGAUGAGAAGAGAUGCGUUGGGCCCAUUGACGCUGCUGCGCCACCUAGUUUCACCAGUAACGUGCGAGACGGCGACUCAACCCAGGACCACGCUCGUCCCUUCAGCCUCACCCAGCGCGUGUCGCGAUGAAGAGGCAGAGGAGAGACAUUCGCUGUCGUAUACACGUAGUAAUAGGUAAGUCAGGGUGGCGCGAAGCGUCCGCCCGUGUUUGUACAUACAAAGUUUGCCUUCUUGAGCAGUAUUUACAAAGAACAGUUGAAACCCAUACGACAACCCGCGUC